AUGGGUGCUACUGCUACGCAGACUGUGGAAGCCAUGAGGAGAACAGUCAGUUUUCAUGGUAUUCCUCACAAGCUGGUGACGGAUAGCGGACCUCAGUUCUUUGAGCACGAGAUUGAGGAGUUCAUCAGAGCCAUUGAUAUUAGACAUCAACGUACACCUCCCUACAAUUCGGCGUCAAACGGUCAAGUUGAGAAAUUGGUGCAGGAACUGAUAAAAAGCUUUAAGACCAAGCCAAAAGACACCAGCCGAGAUGUUAAUGAAGAGAGAGCUGAGGACAAAGUUGACACUCUUAGUCCUGGUGUGGAAGGGAAAGUGAGAGAUACUCAAUAUAAUCAAUACCAGCAAGCCUCAGUAGUAACCCGAAGUUUGAACCCUGUGCAAACAGUUAGUAUUUUGAAUCCCAGGACAUACGGACGAGGAAAAUGGCUUCAUGGGUUAAUACUUCAAAGGUUGAGACAAGUGAACUAUUUGGUGGAAGUAGAUGGACAACCCAGAUAUGUACACAUAGAACAUCUGAGAGUUCGAGAUAUCAGAAGUAUAUCGAUACCGGUUGCUGAGUCUACAUCUACUGAUGCUGUAGAAGUGAACAUACCUGAUAUGGAGAUACCAUUAUCAAUAGCAGAACAAACAAGUAAAUCUCUGGAAGUUCCACUUCAAUACUGCUAA